CAUUCAGACAAUACUGCAUUAGAAUAUAACUUAACUAUAAUUUAUUUGACUGUUUAUGCUCUAAUGAUUUCUGCUAGUAGCGUCGUUUAGAAUUGUCCCAAAAUUUAUCAGACUUCAAAAAUAUUUAAAUAUCUUUUAUCAUUAGAUUUAACAUCAUGUCUAAAAUAAGUUUGGAAUCCAAACUUCCAUCAAGUACCACUCCAUCUUUGAAGAAUUUAACUGUGAAAGAUUUUUCUAAACUUGGAGAAAGUCAAACGGAGGCUUUACAAGCUUUAACCAGACCUCAUGUCGAUUCUUUCAACUGGUUUUUAAAUACUGGUAUCAAAUACUCGGCCAGACUUAUUCCUCCCAUUCAAGCUCUUGUCCAAAAUCGUCGUUUCUCUGUUCAAUUCAUGGAUGCAACUAUCGAGAAACCACGUGUUGAUGAAGGGUUUCGUAAUUGUCGAACAUUAGCUGUAUAUCCAUCAGAAUGUCGACAGCGUGGGUCAACAUAUCACGCUAAACUUCACGCUACCUUUUCGUAUUCUAUUGAUGGAAUAAAACAAGCGAAUAUUCCUGUCAUGCUUGGUGUUAUUCCAAUAAUGGUGAAAUCAAAUUCAUGCAAUUUGAGUGGGUUAACUCCUAAACAAUUAGUUGCAAAACAAGAAGAAGCAGAAGAAAUGGGUGGAUAUUUUAUUGUGAAUGGAAACGAGAAAGUUCUCCGUAUGUUAGUAAUGCAAAGACGUAACUUUCCUCUUGGUGUUGUCAGACAUUCAUGGAAAAACAGAGGCCCUAACUAUACAGAAUUUGGCAUUAUGAUGAGAAGCGUGUCUCCAGAUUUGAAUGUUGCCAAUAUGGUUGUUCACUACUUGCGAAAUGGCACUGUAAACAUUUGUAUUUUUCAUCGCAAAGAAAUGUUCUACAUUCCACUAAUAUUUAUGCUUAAAUGCCUCGUUGAUAAAUCUGAUGUUGAAAUAUAUAAAGAACUAACAAAAACCAAAGAAGAUGACACAUAUUUCAAAACGUGCAUUCAAAAUAUGCUCCGACAAGCAAAAUCACUUAAUCUACAUUUGCAUAAAGAUUUCACAAAGUACGUUGGAGGAAAAUUUCGUAUUAAACUAAGUCAGCCGCCUUGGACAACCGACGCUGAAAUAACGAAGUAUUUAUUGCAACACAACGUUCUUGUUCACUUGAAAAACAAUGAAGAUAAGUUUCAUUUACUUUGUCACAUGGCUCAAAAAGUGUUCGAUCUUGCUAUGAAAAAAUGCGUCCCAGAUAAUUUGGAUUCGGUCCAAAACCAAGAGGUGCUUUUACCUGGCCAUUUAUAUCAAAUGGUUUUGCGUGAGAAAAUGGUUCUAUGGCUUCUUACUCUAUCUAGGCUUAUUGAAAAGCAAUCUAAGCUGAAUAAAAAUCAAGGUCUGCCAAUGCUAACGUCAUCUGCAAUACAAAAAGCAAUGAGAUCUGUACCUGAAGUAUCCAAUGCUAUGUCCUACCUUCUCGCUACUGGAAACGUCACAACAAAAUCAGGUUUGGGUCUUCAGCAAACCACUGGACUAGCUGUCGUUGCAGACAAGCUCAAUUUUAUGCGAUACAUAUCGCAUUUUAGAUGCUUACAUAGAGGAUCGUUUUUUGCGGAAAUGCAAACUACUGAAGUCAGAAAAUUACUCCCCGAAUCAUGGGGCUUUUUGUGUCCUGUACAUACCCCCGAUGGGUCUCCUUGUGGUUUAAUGAAUCAUUUAGCGUACAUGUGUGAAGUGGUAACGAAUCGUACAUCAAAUGCUGCUAUUGUACCGAUGCUAUAUAAUUUUGGUAUGGUGGGUCCAGAUUCAUGUCAAAUAAAAGGUCCUAAUUAUUACCCAGUUUUACUAGAUGGGCUUUUAGUGGGGUGGCUAUCAAAAAAACUAGCAAAGCCCAUAGCCGAUAUCUUGAGAACAAAGAAAUCAAAUGGGGAAGAUAAAAUACCGAACACCCUUGAAAUUUGCUUGAUUGAAAGAACUGAGAAAAUAUCACAAUUUCCUGCUCUUUUCCUACUAACAGACGUAGCACGCAUGGUCCGACCAGUGUUGAAUUUAGAGACAGGAAACGUGGAAAUGAUCGGAUCAUUUGAACAGCCAUACAUGGAUAUUUGUAUCAUUCCUGAAGAAGCACAUGAGCAUACAACACAUCAAGAGCUUGUUCAAAACUCUACACUUAGUGCUGUGGCGAGCAUGACGCCGUAUUCUGAUUUCAAUCAAUCCCCUAGGAACAUGUACCAAUGUCAGAUGGGUAAACAGACCAUGGGAACACCAUGCCAAGCAUUGUCUUACAGAGCAGAUAAUAAAUUAUACAGAAUUCAAACACCACAAUCGCCUAUGGUACGACCAUACAUGUACGAUCAUUUUAAAAUGGAUAAUUUUCCUUUUGGAACGAAUGCAGUGGUUGCUGUCAUCAGUUAUACCGGAUUUGAUAUGGAAGAUGCCAUGAUCCUGAAUAAAGCUAGUUUUGACCGUGGUUUUGCAUAUGGUUCUAUUUAUAAAGGUGAUCUUAUUGAUUUGGUGAAAAUAGUAAAUGACAUUUCAGUUAAAGUUACAUUCGGAACUUUGCCAUCUGAUAAAAUUUCUGCGGAAUUGGUGAAGACUGGAAAAUUAGGAGCUGACGGUUUACCAGCAGUUGGCCAAAAGCUUGUUUACGGAGAUCCCUAUUACAGCUACGUGAAUGCCGGUACUAAAACAUUUCAUCUUCAAGUUUACAAAGGACAAGAAACAGCAUAUGUUGAUAACAUCAAGGUUUUGAGCAAUAACGUAGGAACAGGAUUGUUCAAAAGGGUGUAUAUAAUUUUACGAAUAACUCGCAACCCGAUUAUUGGAGAUAAAUUUGCAAGUCGUCACGGCCAAAAAGGUAUCUGUUCUCAACUUUGGCCCGCUGAAAGUGUUCCAUUUACAGAAUCUGGUCUAUUUCCUGAUAUCAUAUUCAAUCCCCAUGGAUUUCCAUCUCGUAUGACAAUCGGAAUGAUGAUAGAAUCUAUGGCUGGAAAAGCAGCGGCUAUGCAUGGUGAACCAUAUGAUGCCACACCGUUUUCAUUUUCAGAAAACGAUUCAGCUAUUGACCAUUUCGGUAAAACCUUACGAAAAGCAGGGUUCAAUUAUUAUGGCACUGAAAGAAUGUAUAGUGGCGUUUCCGGCCUUGAACUAGAAGCGGAUAUAUUUAUUGGAAUUGUUUAUUAUCAAAGACUGAGACAUAUGGUAUCUGACAAAUUUCAAGUUCGCACAACUGGCCCAGUUGAUCAAAUGACGCAGCAGCCUGUGCAAGGCCGAAAACGUGCUGGCGGAAUCAGGUUUGGUGAAAUGGAGAGAGAUGCAUUGGCCGCACAUGGCUGUGCUAUAUUAAACUAUGACAGGCUUUUAUUAUCAUCGGAUCAAACAUGGGGCCAUUUAUGUGAGAAAUGUGGCAGCAUACUAUCGCCUAUUUUGGAGCGAGAUUUGAACAAAGGCCGUCUUUAUGGGCUCGGUCGCAAAACAUGGAAAUGUUUGACGUGUGGUUCAUCAGAUAAUGUUGUUUUAGUUGAUAUUCCAUCAGUGUAUAGAUACUUAGUCAACGAACUAGCAGCGAUGAACAUCAAAACUGUGAUACCUUCUCGGUAAAAGGAUAAAAGUGUGGCCAACAGGCAACAAUUGUCUCAUUAACAGAAGUCAUCCUAUUAUGUGUUUUUCGUUAAAUAUUCUGUAAAUACAUCUGUACAAUGGGAUUCAGUGAUUAGCAAUCAAGUUUAAUUACAAUAAUCAUUUAGUUUUCCUCUGUUCCACUGCCAUACUAUUUGUGACCUAUCGUAUGUCAAUCACCUUUUUUUUAUUUUUAAAAAAGUGACUCAAAUUUACAUACCCAAAUUUUGGGUAGGAAAUUUUUCAUUGUUUUCAUUAUUCCAAAUUAAGCCUAAUAAUCGAAUCAUGUUUGUGUCCAUGUUCAGGCUCAAUUAUUUUGAACUGAGCAAUAUAAAUAUAAAACUUUCUGGAAAUUUUUAAAUAGAAUUUUAUUUUGAAUUCUCAAUAUUUAAUUGCCAUGUUUCUAUAGCAAGUCAUAUUAAUGUAUAAAUUUCAAUCAACUUUUGGCCUUCAUUUUAGGUUAAAUUUUGUUCUGCUAUAGUUUACUUGCAUUCGAUUUCUAAUCAACAGGAAAGCCAGCUGUUAUUUCAAUAUGUUUUUCAACUUUUGUUCAACCUAUGUUUACGAAAUGAACUUUGUCCUUUGAGGUGUAAAUAUGACAUGUGAAAAUAUGUCAUCACUUUCUAUUUGAACAGUAAUUUCAUUACUUGCAUAGGUGUUUACCGAAAGUGCUUAUGUACCUAUUAUAAAUAUUAAAUGCUAAAACUGAAAGACUGUUAGUUAUUUAAAAUAGAGACAACAUAACCUAAUUAAUGUAUUUGGUACCUUUUGAUGAGUUUAGCACAUCAUUGCUAAUAACUUCAGCUAACUUUCUUGUUGUAUUAUUUGAAUACUGUUCAGUAUGAACUUUCUAAUAUGUAACUUCCUUGUUGUAUUAUUUGAAUACUGUUCGGUUUGGACUUUCUAAUAUGUAAAGUGCCACAAAACCUCUAAAAUAUACCUCAAUGUAGGUUGUUUGUUCCUGGCUCUAUUCCUAUUUUGAGGCUUCAUUUUCCGGUAAUUUCAUCUUUAUUAUUGAGCUGAUUUACCUAUGUAAUGUUUUAUUUGAAAGGUUUGCAUAAUAGUAAUAAUAAUUGAUAUGGUUUGGGCUGCCAAUUUGUGUUCUGCCUGUAAUUU